AUUAAUUGUAGAAAAUAGUGCGUGUCGCGGAAAGUCGAAAGUGUUAUAUUUAUCAGCUUUGAAAAAAAUAAGAGUAAUGAAAAACUGGAAAAUGUAUUAAAAUCCAUUGAAAUAAGUCAAAUAAAUGGACGAAAGUAGUGCCUUGAAAAUAAACAAAUUAUUAAACAAGAAAUAAAUCUUUUAAUAAGAAAAUCCAUUAUUGUACUAAAAAGAAGUUGAGAUUGAAAAUAAUUAUGAAUUAAGUGAAAACGUAGUGAAAUAUAAACAUAAAUGUCUGGUGUUUAAAGCAGAAAAAGUAUUAAAUAAAUAUUUAGCAAGCUACAAAUCAAAUAUAUUAAAUCUAAUCUAUUUCUGGAAUGAUAUUAAUAUAUUUUUCAAGACUAUAUUGAAAUUAUAAAGAAUUAUUUGUACAAUUUUUCAUAUUCGUUUUACUUGAAUUGCUUAAUUUCUUUUGCCGUCUUCCGUCUUUCUACAAACCUUCUUCUUCUUCAUUCAUAUAAACGUACAACAACAACAACAGCGAAGAAGAAAAAAGCCAUCCAACCAACAAAAUCAACCAACCAACCUAAACCAGCCAUUUUAGUGUAUGCAUGUUUUUGUGUGAGUGAUUAUAUAGAAAUACAAAAAAAAAAGAAAUACAAGAAGAAAAAAGAAGAAAAUAAUCCACAAAUAAAAAAAAUCAUAAAGUAUACUGCUAAUAAUUUGGUAAUAAAACAGUGGAAAAUUGUUAAAAAACAAUUGAAUUAAAUUGAAAUAAAACUACAUUAAGGGAAAAUAUGCAAAAAUAUUCCCAUAGGACUUGAAAUUCCUUAAACAAAUUUGUCACAUUUUUUGUUAUUUCUUCAAUUUUCGUUUCUACUUUUGUGUACUUGUUCUUACUUAAAAAAAGAAGACAAAAAAGAAGUAAAGAAUAAUAAAAUAAGAAACAUAAAGUGUAAAGUGUGUGUGUAUGUAAAUUUUUGUUGUGUUUAUUUCUUCUUGGUCUUCAUUCAUUCAUUCAUUGAAAAAAGAAGAAAAACAAAAAGAAAAGAAAAAAAUCUCACUACACAUUUAUAGUAUACAAAAACAACAUCGAGUGCUGCUGCGUCUGUCAUUCUCUUUUAUUUCUUGUUUCACGAAAUUCUUCUAGUGGAGUUGUUUUUUUUUUCUUCUUAAUCGUUACGACGUUACCGAAGAUUUUUUUUAUAAUUUUCACAAUAUUGUGGAAAAAAUCGUAUUUGAACGUUAUUCGGUUAUUCGCUGUUUAUACAUUUAAUCUCGUGAGGAGGAUUUCGCGAGCUCCACAACAGUUGUUCUGACAAUUGGCAAAAAGCCGGUCAGGUUUUCGUAACAAAUUCAGUUGCCUGUCGUUGUUAUCCUUAGCAGGUGUUACUGCGAAUUGUGUUCGUAUGUGUGUGCGUGUCUACAUUUUCGGACAGUGCAUUUUUGCAUAAAUGAAAUAAAUAAUUAAAGUCAACCGAUUUUUGGAUUAAAAAAAUUUCGCAUAUCGUGUGUGCGCUGAAUUUUGAAAAGGAUUGUUUUUAAAGAGAUCAUUCACGGAAAUGCUGUAUUAAUGCCACCAACACAAUGACUUUAAGUGUAUUUAAACAUACAUAAUUUUCUAAAACCACACUCUAUCAAAGAAAACUAUAAUUUUGUUUUUGAGAAAUUAUGUCUAAAUUGUAUACAACCGCCUCGGCGUUAGCAACAGAAUCAGUGCAACGUUCAGAAAGAGCGGCCAGCGAAAAUCCCAAUAAUAACGUGCAUACGCAACACAGAAGGCACAACUCUUUGAGUGGGAGAAUUUGCACAAAAACACUAACCAAAUCAGCCUCCAUAACGGAUAUAACGCAAAAAUUGGAAAGUAUACAAUAUGAUCCAAUUACGUUGCCAGAUAGAAUCACAGACGCUGCUGCUGCUGCAAAUGUUUUGUCCUGUAACAGCCGAAAUCUACACAGCCGAGAUAACGAUGAGGUAGAUAUUGGCGAUGAAACAAGAAGGCGAAGAUUACCUGCUAACAGUGCACGCAAUGAACAACAAAACACUACCAAAGAUGGGUUUUUAGAGUCAAUACCAACAAUAUUAAACACAAAUACAUCAACGAUGUUGUCAUACGAUGAACCCGAUCAUUUGCAGCAUCGUUUUGCGCGAACACCUCAUUCGACGGUAUUUAACACGCGGCAUGCGCCACACUCUACAGUCGAUAAUUCAUUUAGUGAUAAUGGUUGCACCAGUGGGAUGAGUAGUGCGUUUAGUUCUGCGUGUCCCAGUACAGUAUCCUCGCCACUAUCAACACCCACAAGACUCUCGCCUCAGCAUCAACUUCAUCAGCAUCGUAGUAAUAAUCAUCAGUUAAAUCAGCAGCAGCAGGCAACAUGUUGCCAAAAGUCAAUAGCACCUGUAAAAAAUUCCUGCUCCUCCGCCACUUUAACCCACAAUAAUAGCCAGCACAAUAACCAACAUCAUCAUCAUCAUCUGCCCGACGAACAUCAUGAUCAUGAUCAUCAGCAGCAACAGCAACACAAACCCUCUUUUCCGUCUUCGUUUGCUUCAGUAACAGUGAGCGGAAGUAAAAAUCUAAAGAAAUUUGAUCCUCGUUUGGGUCCAUCACCUUAUCGUCAACUAUUGCCAAUAGCUUUAUGUAUUCUAUCGUUUGCGACUGUGUUUAGCAUUUUAAUUGUUUAUAUGGAUACGACAGAAAUUCGCCAUCAACAAUUUCGUUUAAAUAUGUCGCGUGAUUAUGAAUUGUACGGUGUGGCCCAAGAUGAUCCUCAACUUAUAGCAUUCCUGCGUGAAAUACAUAUGCGCAAAUAUCCCAUGCACUUUUUCAAAACAUCCCCAGCAGCAGAAGAUAAUGGACUACCUGGUGGUGGCGGAGGAUUAAAUUCGUUAAAUGGAUUGGCAGCAUCAUCACAUUUAAAUUUAAGUGCACAUCCCAAUGAACUAACACCCAAAAUGGCCUACUACGUGGCCAAUGCAAUGCACGGCAAAACGAAUGGUGCUGUUAUACAAUCAUUGACAGGCUCUCUGGGCCAUCUUAUGACUGCCCCCUGGCUAUCGGAAACAUUAAAUUGGGCUGGCGUUAUAGUCGAACCAGAACCCAGGCGAUAUUUUACUUUACGAAAACAAAAUGCCUUACGACCACGCAUGCAAGUAGUGCACGCGUGUGUUUCACCUAAUCCCUAUCCCAAAGAGGUAACUAUUCAUAAUGAAGAGUCUGAGGUGCGAAUUAACAGUCUGCUCGAUGAGGAGACAUCGUGGUUCAAUUCGCGUGUCAAAUGUUUUCCGCUUUAUACAAUCAUGCUAGCAUCAAAUCGUGUUGAAUACGAUCUUCUUAGUUUGGGUGUGCAUGGUCAUGAGUUGGAGAUACUGCGAACUUUGCCUUUUGAUAAAAUAAAGAUUGAAAUAAUUUCAAUACAUUUGUUGGAAAAUCAAGAGGAUGUUAGUAAUUAUGUUCAAACGAUAACCAAGUUCCUACAGGGAAAAUCCUAUAAAUUGCAAAAGAAAUUUGGACGCAAUUAUUUCUAUCAACGAUUAACAACAACAACGGCAACUACGAAUACAAAUACAAUGCCAACACGAACCCGAAAAAAAGAUAUUCUAUUACUAAAGACGCCUUAAAAGCCUUCUUUUUUAUAUACAAACACCAUAAAUUAUAAUUAAACCACAAAAUAGAAAUUUAAAAUAUUCAAAACAACAAAUUGCUUAAAUUUUACGAUUAAACAACGCAAAAUUGUGUUGAACAAAUUGAUGUCCGAAUAAAAAAAUAAAAAAAACAAUAAAAACAAACACGCAUUACAUUAAAACAAAUUUACAAUAAACCACAAAAUUUAUUUCUGGAUUCAUGUCUCAUUAUAAACAAUCAUUAUUAUUGUUCUUAAUACCAGUUUCUGUAACUCAAAUCUUUAAGUUUUGUGUGAAAAUUUAACACAAGUUUUGUUAUUGUAACAAAAACAAAACUUUUUGCGGAAUUUCUUUGCAUAUCUUAGCUGCUUGAGUUGCAGAGUUAGCUGGGUAUUAAAGUUUAUUCACUAUUAUUGUAUGCAUACGACACACACACACACAUUAUUAUUAUCAUUAAUUAAAUAUGGAAAAAUUUAAGAAAAUUUCAUAAAAAGCCUUUAUUGUAUAAAUUAAUUGUAAUAUUUACUGCUUAAUUUAAUUAAUAACUAUUUUAUUAUUAUUAUUUUUCGUAUAUAUACAAAAAUAUAGUUUUAGUUUAGUUUAUUUAAUUAAAUGAUUUAAUAUUAAAAUAUUAUUAUUAAUUAUAUAGAAACAACGAUGCUUUAUAGUAAUAUACAUACAUACAUUACAUACACACAUACAUACUUACAUAUUUAUAUGUAAUUUAUUAUAAUUAAUUUAAAUUAUUGAAUUUUGUUUUUCCCUUGUCCAAACAUUU